GGGUGCGCUUUUGGUGACCACCUGACAGCUCCAGCCCGCGAUCUGCGUAUGCCACCGUCCACCCAGGCAAACUUGCGCGUGGCUGUCUGGGCCCUUCCCAGUCUGCCCUUCCACCCGUUUCCCCCACGUUCUUCCCCUCACCCCUGCCCACCCUGUAGUCACAGAACGGGAUUCCUGGUCCCUCUCUUUGCAGGAUGCGCCCUUUUGGCCUCUCGGCAUCCUCUUUACGGCCAACGAUGGGUCCUGGGCAUCCUCUGGGACUGACCCUGGAAAGCAUGUGGUCCCAUUCUGCGCUGAGACCCACACCCCGCGGAAAGGCAGCCCCACCCAGCCCUGGACCAGCUGGCCAGACCCAGGGUCAGACAGCGCAGCCUUAUUGUCCUGUCACCGGGGCGCAGGGAGGCUGGCCUCCGGGCGGGAGAGCGAAGGAUGCCCGGGCUUCCGGCCCGCCUCGCCGCCGCUGCGCCAAUCCCUGUCCGCUGCUGCCCGGGCGCGCCCGGGGACCAGGGAGAUGCGCUCCGGCUGAGGGAAUUCGGGCCUGGGCGGGAACGGAGAGCCGGCGGGGCUCCCUGGGACCCCCCAGGAGGGGCCACGAGCCCCCCACAGGGUCACGUGGCCCGCCGCUCGCCCGGGGGCGGGUCACGUGACGCCAGCGCGCCGUUGCCCGGGCAGCCGCUGCGGCGGCCGGCGGGGGCGGGACAGCCGGCGGGGCGCGGCGGGGCGGGGCGGGGCGGAGGGGACCCCGCGGGGCCGGCGGAAGGAGGCGGGGGCCGCGCUCUGCGCCCUGCCGGGCCACGGGGCCACAGGGCUGAGCCGGAGCCGCGCCGGAGCCGAGCCGGGCAGGACGGGCAGAGCAGCGCGGUGGCCAUGGUGGAGGUGCAGCUGGAGACGCAGUACCAGUACCCGCCACCCCUGCUCAUCGCCUUCAGCGCCUGCACCACGGUGCUGGUGGCCGUGCACCUCUUCGCCCUGCUCAUCAGCACCUGCAUCCUGCCCAACGUGGAGGCCGUGAGCAACAUCCACAACCUCAACUCCAUCAGCGAGUCGCCGCACGAGCGCAUGCACCCCUACAUCGAGCUGGCCUGGGGCUUCUCCACCGUGCUCGGCAUCCUGCUCUUCCUGGCCGAGGUCGUGCUGCUCUGCUGGAUCAAGUUCCUGCCCGUGGAUGCACGCCACCAGCCGGGCCCCGCACCCGGCCCCGGAGGCCACACCGGCUGGCAGGCCGCCCUCGUGUCCACCAUCAUCAUGGUGCCCGUGGGUCUCAUCUUCGUGGUCUUCACCAUCCACUUCUACCGCUCGCUGGUGCGCCACAAGACCGAGCGGCACAACCGCGAGAUCGAGGAGCUGCACAAGCUCAAGGUGCAGCUGGAUGGGCACGAGCGCGGCCUGCAGGUGGUGUGAGCGCGCCUCCCGGGGCCGGGAGCCAGCAGCGAUGGCCUGCUUCUGAGGGAAUUUUAAAGACGGAAAUCGCCACGGGGCUGCCUAGACACUGCCAGAUAGUUCAACACCAAAGUUUUACUCCUGUCUUAAUGCCGUAAGACCUGGCUCAUUUCCCCUCAGAAAAUGGAAGUCCUUAAAGGAGAGACUGGUUUCUGUUGCUAAGCGCUUAGGGCAAAGGAAGGCUGAGCCUUGGCCCUGGGGCCUCAGGCAGGGCUCCAGCGCUGCGGUCAUCCCAGAGAUGUGGGAGGAGGGCCAGCAGGGCCGGGAGCCUGGCGGAGGCCUGGGAGAGUCAGGGUAGGUAGGGAAUUGUGGCAAUUAGAUGGGCACAGGAUUACUGCUGGGCCUGGUGCUUCCCUCCCCCGCUCUGCAGGGGGUUGGGUGGCCUGGCUUGAGGGUAAGGCAGCAGCCUGGGGCACAUGUCAGCCCAGCAGGUAUGGGUACUCCGGGAGGCGGCGGACUUGUCAGGGCCCGGGGGAGACUUCCAUGAGUGGAGGCCUGGCAGAGUUGGGGAAGCAUGUCUGGGGCAGCCUACUCGAGGAGGCCGUUAACUAAGGGGGACUCCAAAGCACACUGGGCUCACAUUCUUUCUUCCCAGCCAGCCUAGAGCCCUGGCCGCAUUGACCCAGCGAGGCUACCAGGGUGGAAGAGCCCGCAGAGCAGAGGCCUACAUCUCUUGGCCACAGAAUGCCCCCUGAGCCUGACCCUCCAGGCUCUGGACCCAGAAGGCCAGGGGCAUUUGCUCAGGUGGCAGAACCUGCCCAUCUCCCUGCUGCCCAUGGUGCCUGGCAGCAGAGGGGUGCUUGGGGGACUUCCUGUCUAGACAAGGCUGUUGGCCUGGUCUGCUCGAGGGGUGGUAGCACCAAGGGCCAGCGUGGGUCCUACACUGCCCUGCAGGCCAAACAUGGGUCUUGCUCAAGAGAUGGAACAAAUGCAGAGAAUGCACAACCCCACAUAUGCUUCCUCUGGGCCCCCGGCCUCUGAGCCACGGCCGGCGCGUUUACUGCCGUGCGCAGCAUGGGAUCUGGUUGCCCUAGCGCGUGUUCUUUGGCUGUUCACGUACAGGCUGCAGCUCAGCUUACGUGUGAGCAUGCUCUACCCCACGCUGCUUCUGAAAACCACCUUUACCACAUUGGCUGGCAGCCACCUGGAGAAGCAGGCCAUUUCCUCAUUGGACUUCAUGCUCUGAUGGCAUUUCUACCAACAGCCUAAUAUCUCUGUGGGAUCUGGGUGGCCUGGUGAGAACAUAAACCUCAACCUGUAACUCUGAAAUGCUGACUGGUGACACUUACAGGGAGCCUGGACAUGGCGUCCCUCCAGGCCAGAGAAGCGCCCUGGCGUCUUCUAAAGGGCCUGUCCCUCGUACCGUCUGCAGACAUCCGUCAUGACUUGCUUGCUCUCUAGUGCAUGUUUCCUCUUUCCCAUAGCCUUGUUGAAAAGGCUUAAUUGGUUUAAUGUGUUUGCUUUGCAAAAGAAUGUCAGCAUCACUGCAAGACAGCCACUUAGUGACCUGGCAGUGACAAAACUAGCGGGCUCUUCCUCACAGCUGGGAGCAGGCAGCAGCUUACUCUGGCCUGAGCCUUUCGCGGGGUGGUGCUGAGCUCACUCCUGCUGCCACUUUCCUGGGCUGUUUGGUCCACUGCCCCAAGUGUGCCAGGUGCACCGAGUCCCAUGUUCCCCGGACUAGAAAGCACACCCCCAGUGCCAGGGGGGGCCCAUUAUGCCUGACCUAUGGGCAGAGCUUUUGGCCUGACCACAAAGUCAGACAUGAGGUGCGCAAUGACAGUGCCACAUGUAUAGGAAAGGUGCCACGUACCACGUUACAACAGUGGGAGGGUGACGUUCCUAUGACUUCCUGUUCGCAUCCAGAGUGCUUUCCCAGCUCCAGCCUUUCUAGAGACUGAGGCAGAGUCUCUGUGGGAACGGAGAUCACAGUGAGUCUGGGGACUGGUGAUGGGCGGGGUGGGGAAGGACACCCUCAGGGGAGCUGCGGAGCUUGUCUGGAGAUGGAGGAUAAGCUGCUCAUUGGAGCCGCAGGAACUGCUCUGCAGGGCAGUGUAGGGGAGGGGCUGGCAAAUUACAGGCUAGAAAUUGGGAUUCCGGAGGUUUAAGGAGAUUGAGGACUGUUCCAGCACAGGCCUCUCCGUGGUGAGGCGCCAUGGGCCGCCCGGGGCCAGCGUGGGCUUGCCCCAUUUCCCUCUGAGCAGAGCCUUCCUGGUGCUCAUAAAACAAAGGCCUGCAAAUACUUGAGGCCAGUUCCAAAGUGGAACACAGUCUCCAUUUAGUACCUGACCAGAAGCAUCAACGUGGAAGUGUUUCUAUUUUAGAAACGGGGGGCAGAACACAUUUUAGUGUCUUCUAGGAAGGUCUGUGGAGGAUAAAGCCAGAAGCCGCGGCCGGGUUCAUCUGUAGUCGUCCUCUGUCGUGUGCUCAUUAGUUCAUUAUGCAUGACACUGUGUGGGUCAUGUACGGUGUACAAACCAAGUCCUGGAUAUGGAUUUUUUAAAGUUUCCCUGGAUUGAACUGAAUAAACAAGCUAUACACUG